UUUGUCGCUGCCGUAGUUUUGUGUAGGAAAUAACAACAAAUAUGGUAGGAAUUUAUACUUGAUGUUAGUGAAAGCUGAAAAGUUUAUAUGAAUUUAAUGAGUGAUUAACGGGGAAUUGGGGUAAAUACUCCCACUUGCACUCUAAUUGAUCAGUGAUGGAAUCUGAUAACUAUCAUAAUCCAAUGCGUAGUCCUGUUAAUGGAUAUGGUCAAAAUAUGGAACGGAUACUGGGAAGAUGGAAAAACACAAACUGGGAACCGCUUUUAACACCUAUAUUUAAAUUCAUUGCCGACUACCCAUUCACGUCUCUUUUUAUUGGGGUUAUCGCAUGUUUUGCAAGUUUACCGUUAUUGUUUUUCUUUGUUUUUGUCGUUAUGACCUUUUUAUUGACAUUUUGCGGAGCAUUUAUUAUAUUUGGAACUUUUUCUUCAUUUGCGUUUGGGCUGACUGCAGUUUUGGUGUUUGUUGCUGUGAUAACGGCAGCUAUAAUCACAUGUGGUAUUGUUGUUGUAUAUGCAGCUGGUUUUACGUUUCAAGAUACUUGGAAUCGUUACAGACAUUUACUGUUUUAAACAAGCAGCAGAUACAAAUCGAUUUCUUUUAUACUGGAUCUUAAGCGAAAGAGUGUAUAUACAAAUCUAUCUACACUAAAACAAAUUGUUGGUUUGAUCAAGCUGCCAAAAUGAAAAAAACAAGGCAAAAAAAAAGUUUUUUAUCUCCUUUGUUAUUAUAAAAUUUAGGAAAUUUUUCAAUAUGUGCUGAGAAGGAUGGAUGAGAGAGGAAGUUAGGAUAAAAAACGUUGAGCAUGAAAUAAAUAAGUCUGUAUAUAGCACCCCUCAGAAUUAUGGUCAUUGUAUAUAUAAUUUUUAAUGCAUGUAUAUAGUAGUAUAAUGUUGAAUUCCUCAAAAGUUAAAAUGGAGGACUGAAAUAAUGACUGAAUAAUAGGUUUCUCUAACAAUUUAAUUUAAAAGUAACUUUUAUUGA